ACCUCGUUCCCGUACAUGACCGAAGCAAUCAUUGUCUCUACUAGACACGAAAGUGUUCAAUUAAGAACUGAAAUUGUGUUAGCGAUAUGGCAACAUAUAUGUAAUUAACCUUCUUCUCUACCAGAGACGUGAGACAUGUUUGCAUAUAAUCUAGUCUGCUGGGCAAGUGUUGGCUUAUCAAUCGCCCUCGUUAUUCCAUCGGAGGAUCAGCUUCAGUGUCGAAAGUGCAACAACGCUUUUGACAUGACUAUGUGCUUAGGUCAGGUCAUAUGCGACAACAUAACACAGGAAUGUUUUACGGACGAGAUCAUAAACGAGGCUUUGCAAAUCAUUUUCUCCGCCGGAUGUCGUUCAAGGGAUUUCUGCCACAAAGCCGUUGAAAGUCUGCCAACGAAACGUGAUGAGCUAUCAAUAUGUUCUGAAUGUUGCAGUACGACACACGAUUGCAAUGCGAGAUUAUGUGGUGCAGAAAAACAAGUCCCACAUGAUUUCCAGCUGAAAUGCAUGUCUUGUAAGCAUGCCACAGACAUUUCUGCCUGUCGACACGAAAUAACCUGCGACAAUAGAACACAGAGCUGCUGUAUGGAGACAAGUGUGACAGAAAUGCAUAUCAUCGAGAUCAAUGGCGGCUGUUGUCUGAAAGAGUUCUGCCACAAAGCAGUUGAAAGUCUGCCAACGAAACGUGAUGAGCUUUCGAUAUGUUCCGAAUGCUGUAGCAACGCUGACUAUUGCAAUCAACUCAUAUGUUCUAAUGGAAACAGAUCUGUCCAUACGGAUAUUCCGGCACCUAACCAGCUAAAGUGCAGACUUUGCGACAAGGCGAGCAAUAUAAGUGAAUGCAAUCGUUUAGCUCUGUGCGACCAUUCUACACAGAUGUGUUACAUGGAGGAGAUUAUAACGACUGAUUUACGGUUGGAAUUGCAUGGAGGCUGUCGCUCUAAAGAGAUGUGCCAUACAGUAGUCAAGCGAGAGACUUUAACGCCAUGCUCGCAAUGUUGCAAUUCCUCAGACGAAUGCAAUGCGCUUCUGUGUGGACUCUCAAACAGUAGCCACUACAUUCCGGAACUAUUUCAACUUCAAUGCAGAGUUUGCACCUAUGUGUCUGAAGUGCGAUUUUGUGAUGAACUAGCCCUUUGUGACAAUAGGACUCAGGAAUGUUUUAUGGACCAGAUCAUAAUUGAAUCAUUGACAACACUAUACUCGGGAGGGUGCCGAAGUCGGGAACAAUGCAGAGGACAAAUUACUCCAUCGAUGGGCAAGCGAGCAGAUGUAUUGGCUUGUUCAAGGUGCUGCAGUGACGCCAAUGACUGCAAUUCACUUUUAUGUGGCGUCGCCGCCCAGACUCCACCCAGUUACCAACUCCAAUGUCGAUCAUGCGACAUGGUCAGCACACUGAACGAAUGCCGCGGUCAUGUGAUGUGUGACAAAAGAUCUCAGAGUUGCUGUAUGGAUCAAAUUAUAACUGAUGAUUUCAAACUCAAAUAUAGCGGCGGAUGCUGUAUGAACGACUACUGUAACGGUACAACGACAAAGAGGAACGGUGUGUCCGUGUGUUCACAAUGUUGUAACGACGGGGAUGACUGCAAUAGUCAUAUGUGUGGAUACAAUUAUUCCACAACGGACGUCAUACCUGUUCAAUAUCAGCUGAAAUGCCGAUCUCUCGACACGCGGUUUGAUGACAGCAAUUGUACUCAGCCAGCUAUUUGUGACAACAGAUUGGAGAUGUGCUUUAUGGAAGAAAUCAUCCUUGAUACGUACCGCAUCGUUCGCAGAGGAGGUUGUCGAUCAAAGCAGAUGUGCAACAAAGCGAACAAUUUGUCAUCAACGCACUUAGGACGAAAGGAUUUAACGCCUUGCUCAGAGUGCUGCGACACAACGGAUGAUUGCAACGCAAAUUUGUGCGGAAACGUAUCAGGUGAAUGCUGAUAUUAAAGCACUACAAGACGCUGAUAAGUUUUUCAGGUCGAAAUGUGAAGAAGUAUGGUUGAUUAUUAUCUGAACUUUAAAUGUGCUUCUCACGAGUUUCGAAAUUGUUCAGACGAAUAAAGAAAUCCUUAGUAUAAUAAAACUUG